ACAUGAUCAAUGUCUUUCAAAUAAACAUGUGAAUCAGAGACAGUUAUGACAUCGACAGUUAUACUUAAUGAUGUAAUGUGUUAUAAUUAUGUGAAUUGUAUGUCAGGUAAUUAGAAAAAAAUGGCUGUUAAUUGUGCUCGUCAGUGUGGACAAUGUUUUAGACGAUUUAAACUUGGAACAAACUUUGUUUCAUUGACGAAUGUUAGAGUGGCACACAAAUAUGCUCAAGCGGAUGUGAAACCAAAUAAAUUUAAGGCUGUUUAUAGAGAUCUUCAUGGGGCAAUCGAAGAACCGUCAACUGCUAAAGAUUUUGUCUUUGCAUUAAGCAAGAAAGAACGCCAGCUUUUAUAUUUAGAACUUCAGAAAUUUCAGUUGGAUAUGCAGGACAUUAGUUCAACACAUGCACCUCCAACUGGUGAACAGUUGAAAAAAGUGGCUCUUCAUAAUGCUCUACCAUUUAUUGGUUUUGGUUUCCUCGACAACUUCUUGAUGAUUCUUGCUGGAGAGUACAUUGAGUUUAAGUUUGGUGCUAUGUUCGGUAUCUCUACUAUGGCAGCUGCUGCCCUUGGGAACUGGAUCUCAGAUUUGGCUGGUGUACAAACUGCACAUUAUGUUGAGGUGGUUACAAGUAAAUUUGGAGUGAAAGCACCAGCACUAACUCCAGAACAAGUUGACAUGUCUUCCACAAGAUGGGCUUCCAAUAUAGGUAAAGCUAUAGGUGUUUCUAUAGGCUGUAUACUAGGAAUGUUUCCACUUCUGCUCUAUGAACCCAAAGAAAAGGCCAAUCCAGAAGAGGAACCAUCUUGAUAGUAAACUAAUAACAAAUUUAGUAGGAAUAGAUCCAAGUCCUUGUAGAGGUCCCAGGUGUUUGCAGCAUAUCAUAUAGAUGAUUGUUAACUAUAGUGGGUAAUGUUCAUCCAAGUAGGACACUGAACCUUUUCCAUAGGCUUAAGCUAGAGGAUGGAUUUCUGGAAUGUUUUAAUGAAUGUGGUUAUACAUGUUACACAAGUUAUAGGUGAAUUGCUUAUUUUAAACUGAUAUAAAUAGUGUAUGUAACUUUAAAACUUAGAUAUUUUUAUUGCUAAUUAGCUUCUAGAAAUUUGAAUGUUUUGAUCCUUGGCUACAUUUUUAAAGUGUGCAGUCAGAGAAGUUUUAUCUUUCAAUGUGUUUAAAACACACAAGAUGAAAAACAAUUAUGUAUUUUUUUCCAGUCAUUAGGCAGAAACAUUUUUUUACUGACAUUGACUGAAAUGUUUUUUGCUGGCAGAUUUAGAUUUUCAAUGUCAGAAAUACCUAUAUGAGGAUAAUUUGUCACAAAGGAUUAAAAGGGCCAAUCUUCUUCAUUUUUAUAUUCAGGAUGAUAGGACCUUUAAAUUUUAAGGUGGCGGAUGACUGGUCAAGCUUUAAAUAUUUAAUAGUUUUUUGCAUUCCUUAUUGAUAUUUCAUAUUUCCACCUGACAUGAGGUAAAAACUUAAGAAGAUCUUGGAAAAUUUUAAAACAAAGUCUUGUCUAUACAACACUAGUUUUUACCUUAUAUUUAAGAAUGGAGUACAGCUUAAUUUAAUAUAGUCUGUAUCUGUAGGACAAGAAUUUAAUUAACCAACAUUACUUAAUAGUUAAGGCACAGUUUUCACCUUGGACUUUACUCAAAAUAGCUCACUCUUAGUGGUAGGAUGUGGACAUCAGAAAUGUCUUUCAAAAUACCCUUAAUUUGAUUACAUGAAAUGGAAUGCUUCAACAUUGCCUACCUCAAGGUGUAAUGUGAUGUGUUCAAAUGUAAUAUCUAGAUGCAGUAUUCAUAUAAUAUGUAAUAUUCUAGAUGUAAGAUUCGUAUGUAAUAUUUUACAUCUCUUCUUUGUUGGAAUGUACAGAUUUAUACAUAACAUUGAUCUUGAUAUACUAAUAAAUGGAUACUCUA